CGAUGCGACGUCACUGCCACGUUGAAUCUCUUGCACUCGCAGGUUUGUGUAGCAGUAUUUACUUGUUUCCAACUUUGUAUUCUGGUUGGAAUUAACUCGUGUCGUUUCAUUUUAUAUUAGCUCAAGAUGUUGUUGACCUUACUAAGUUGGUUUUGCACAUCUAUCCUGAUCUUUGUUUCUGGAGGAAAACUUCCUGAACCUGAAGUGAAGAUCGAAGUCUUGAGUAAACCUUUUCUGUGUCACCGCAAGUCAAAAUAUGGGGACAUUCUUUUAGUGCAUCAUGAGGGAUAUUUUGCCAAUGGAACGCUCUUUCAUUCCAGUCGAACACAAGGGGAUAAGCAGCCUGUGUGGUUUACCCUGGGCAUCAAGGAGGUGAUCAAGGGCUGGGAUAAAGGCCUGCAGGGAAUGUGUGCUGGGGAGAAGAGAAGUCUGGUCAUACCUCCAGCUCUGGCAUACGGCAAGGAAGGCAGAGGCAAGAUCCCCCCAGAGAGCACGCUGACUUUCACUAUCGAGGUGAUGGAGAUCAGGAACGGGCCCAGGUCACACGAGUCCUUCCAGGAGAUGGACCUCAACGAUGACUGGAAGCUGUCAAAACAGGAGGUGAAAGAGUACCUGAGAAAGGAGUUUGAACGCCAUGGCUAUCCUGCCAACGAUACCCACCACGAAACGAUGGUGGAGGACAUCUUCACCAAAGAAGACGAGAACAAAGAUGGAUUCAUUUCUUCAAGAGAGUUCACCUACAAACACGAUGAACUUUAACCCUCACCCUAUCCCAAUACGUUUUCUGUGUUGGUGUAGUUAGGUCUUUUUAAAGAUUUCCCAUGCUCAUGUAAUUUAUGUUGCGUGAGAUACAGUGUCCGUGAUACAAUGACGGGGUUUGUGGAACUUAAACGAAAACUAGAAUUUUUCAAAUGUGGUUCUUUGAGGCAUUUCAGCUCAUAAACAGAUUUUAACUGGAA